UUAAAUUUUAUUUAAGAAUCAAUAUGAAUUGCCAAAAUUGCAAAUCCACUUGCUCAGAAAACUGGAUUCAAGUCGAUGAGAGGGUCGGAAAUUGCUCCGAGUGUGGAGCCUUCCGCACCAAAGAAGGAAUAGUCUCCUUUAAAUUACCCAAAUUCAACAUGAAGCCUGACUUUGCUCCAUUAGAGCAUUAUCACACGAUUCUCCUAGAUGAAAAUUACCAGAAAUAUCAAUUUCUAACGACUCAGAAGCAAUACUACAGCGAAAGGAAGAAGCUUAUUGAACUUUUAUUCAGUACCGGAAAGAAAUUGAGACAGACAAGAAGUACUGUGUAUCUAGCAAUAAAAUAUAUGGACAUCAUUUUGAAUACUAGUAAUGAAAUCAGCCAGAUAGCCUUCAAAAGUAGUUUCAAGGUGAUAGCAGUUGUAUGCCUUAAUAUUGCAGCUAAGUUUGAUUCUCUUGACCUCAAUGCACCCUACCCAUCUGAACUUCAGAGAGCAUCAGGAUGAGGAAUUCCUUACGAUUCUAUGAUUCAUUAUGAAAGAGAGAUCUGAAAGAUUUUAAAUUGGAAUCUGAAACUUGGCACUUUAUAUCACACAAUAGAAGCCCUUACACACCAAGGAAUUAUCUUCAGUGAUGACACAAGAGACCAAGGUUACUCAAUCGAAGAAGAUCUUCAGGAGAUUUUAUUCAAAGCGAAUAAUUUGUUGGAAUAUUUUAUGGAUUAUAUAACGAAAGAAGCAGAAUGCUCUCACUUUAGGUCGACUCAUCAAGCAGCUGCUUGAAUACUAGCUGUUAGGAAACUCUUAAAUUUGGAUAAUCCCUUCAGCACAACUCUUUCUGAAAUGUUGAUGUUUACAGAGGAUGAAAUUCCUCCUGAGCUUCUAAAGUCAACUAACUACGUUAUCUCUCUUCUCGAGUUAGAAUCCCCAGAGAAGAAGGACCUCCAACCAGUCGAGGCUCAGAGUACCCUAAAAUCGAACCUAAAGGCCAGAGUAAAGAUAUUGGAAAAGAUUCAUGACUUCCAUUCUCGAGCUUUCACCCAGAAAAGGCAUUGAACAUCAGUUCAUUCCUCAGAAAAUUCUUCUAAAAUUUCAAAUCCUGAAAUAACUCUUAGCAGUGAGGAAGAGAAUGCUGGGCUAUUCUAUUACGAAGACUCAGGCCUACAGAUUCCAUAUAACUUGGAUGAUAUCGAGCUAAGCUAUAUUGAGAACCAGAUUCACAGACAAAUGAUGAGUGGCCAAAUGCCCCUAGGACCAAUUAGAUCUGCAUCUGUUGGUUCUGAUGGUUAUGGAACUUACAAAGACAGAAUAUCUUCUCUUCUUGGGGGAAAUACCAAAGGAAGUACUUCAGGGAAGGAAAACCUUGAGGAUCUCAAUAACGACGAAAGCCCCCUCAUAACCGAAGAGAUGUAUAGACUAACUGAAAAAUUAUGCUUUGGAAGUCCUUCCCAGAUCAUGAAGUACUCAAAUAGCAGGUUCUCUAAAGAAAAGGACCUGAGUAAAAAUGAUUUUGUUGACUUUGACUCUGACCCAAACACAGAUGCUAAGCCAGAAAUACCAAUUGCAUAAAAGCA